AACAGAAGAUGGCGAUGAACAUACACAUUUUCUACUAUUCGCCCAACAUACUACCAACAAAUUAGAGGUGAACCACAACAUCAGCUGAGAGAGACGAGGCGUUAUUUUUGCACUAUUCUAUGUUUUAAAAUGACCAAACUGCAGCUGUUGAAUGCUUACCUGACAGAACGUUUAACGGUGGUAGUGCGGGAGAUUCUGGACGUGGUCGGGGACACAGUGACGGAGUACAGAGAAGAGACAGCUAGAACGAAGAGAGAGAAUGAAAGCACGAAGAGAGAAAAUGAAAGCCUGCGGCGACAGCUCCGGGACAUCUUACUUCUCGCAGAGACAGACUGGCGAUCCACCACCCUUUCUCCCUCCGGGCAGCAGCCGCUCUGCGAGCAGGAGUGGAACUCCAGUCAGGGCCAGGCCCGUGACCCAGAAGCCCUACAGCAGAGCCAGGUCAACAGACGAGGUCUCCAGACACAGACCCAGGUAGGUUUGAGUCAGGAUGGAGGUCUCAUAGCACCAAUCCAGGGACUCAAUGAAACAGUCCGAAUAGCAGAGAAGCCCAGUCCACUGGAGGCAAUCCCUAAGACGGAGCAGAACUCACCCCCAGAACCCAAGGGUUUUGGAACCACUUCAAAUUUGGCCCCGUCUCCAUUCCCAUCCAGUGCCCACUGUGUUGCAACAACCGGGGUAGCAAACUCUGAGGCACCGGCUUUUGGGGUGGAGGAUGAGAGGUCAUCUCCUGACCCAAUCCAGGGACGUGUCAAAACAGAACCAGAAGAAUGCGACAUCACAGUGAACCUCGCCGACCCUGAACCUCACCUCAGUUCAGGCUACCUAGGUCCUCCUGUAGCACUGCUAGCCCACAACCAUGAACCCUCGGGCGACGCUGUCUUCAGAGAUCUUCCAGACAUGACUGUCUCAGAGGUGCAUAACAUGCCAGUCCAUGACCAGCAAACGCAUGAAACUGAGCCGGAGCUCGAGGAUGGCCCAUACAACGAGGGUAAUAACUGUCCCCCGUCCAGUGGCCCUGAAGGACGUUCCCACCGGUGCACCCGCUGCGGGGAGAGUUUCAGUCAGGCGGCCAGCCUCCGCCUCCACCUCCACUGCAGGAAGCCCUAUGCUUGUGAAUGGUGCUGCAAGUCCUUUGCCCAGUCUGCUGACCUGCGGCGCCACCACCGCAUCCACACGGGGGAGAAGCCCCACCGCUGUUCCUGGUGCUCCAAAAGCUUUACUCAGAGAGGCAACCUGAGACGACACCUGAGGAUCCACACUGGGGAGAGACCCUACAGCUGUCCUUACUGCCACAGGACCUUCAGCGAUGGGGACACCAUGAAAAAGCACAAACGGACUCACUCAGGGGAGAAACCCUACCGCUGUGUCCAGUGUCCCAAGAGCUUCACGGUAGCCAGCGGACUGCGAGUACACCUGAAUACACACCUGGAAGAUGCAACACAGCUUAUCACAUGAGGAAAUGGGCAGCAGAUUGGCUAAUUAGUGGCAGAGUUUGUUACACAUGGGGUGUAUUCACUACAAAGCAAACUAGACAAAAUGGGGACUUGCCUACCUGAAUUUGUCCAAUGAGAAAAUCCUAUUUUCUUUCCCAUUGCAAAACUGUUUUCCAUAGUGUGCACUGUUUUUAACAUGAGGAUGUGAGGAAUCUGUCAAAUGUUGAUUAGCGUUAAUGGUUUUAGCCCUAGGAAUAUCUACUAAAUGUAUUUAUUGGGAUUAAUUAAAUCACUGAAAUAGAAAACUAAUGGAUAAUAUCAUUUUGGCUGAUGUUUCCAGCUUAAUAUAUGUGUGCUUGUGUUUCUGAGAGAAAAGGAAUGAUAAACAGUAAUUGAUUUAUAAAAUUAUUAAAACCA